AUCACUGCGACCAGGAAGAUGGGCUGACUUGUUACCACGCGGUUUCGCCCUCAAUCAAGGGAGAGAUUCUCCCAACCCCUACAAAGGCGCGUGGUAUUGAUGGGAUAAUUCAAUUAUGAGCGCCUCUCUCAUGAGGCUAUACAGGUCGCAGUUGCAAACCUUAAAGGGUACCCAGGGAUUCUCCCACCAAAUUUCGCCCCCCUUGAUACCCUCAAGCAUGUGUGUUUCUUCUGGGUUUCAACCUGCAUUCCUGAGAAACGGCGCUCUCGAUCUCAUACAGACCACUUCCCUUCAAGCUUGCCUCUUGUGCACCAUGCCUCAUGCUUUUACAUUCCGGCCCCUCUGGUUCCGCGUUGACGCGCCCAAGGCGCUCAAUCACAUAGCUCUUUUAGUAUGGGCCUGUCUUUCGUGCUCGACUAUUCUCUUCUUUUAUAAUGAUGUCUGCAUGUUUCUUGAGCUCCCAUAGAUCAAAGCUCUCUGCCUAUUGGACUCUCGAUUGUUUUCAAUUAUUGGCUAUCGCAAUUCCAUUCUUCUUCUUUAGCCGUCGGUCUUAUAGUUUCCACC